CUUUAUCAUCCCUCUUCUCUCUCACUUGUCUUUCCAAUUUAAAAUAAAAAAUAAAAUAUUAAGGUGUGAUCCUCAUCUAAGGUAGGCUUCAUACAUUGGCACAGAUCAGAACACAGUUCUUCUCAACGUAAUCUUGUCGGGUAUCAUUGAAUUAGAAGAUGGGGGUUCCAUUAGUUUGCCACGGGCAUUCUCGUCCCGUUGUUGACGUUUCUUAUAGUCCGGUGACUCCAGAUGGGUUCUUCCUCAUCAGCGCCAGCAAAGAUUCGAACCCGAUGUUGAGGAAUGGGGAGACUGGGGACUGGAUAGGGACUUUUGAAGGACAUAAAGGAGCUGUUUGGAGUUGUAGCCUUGAUAAACAUGCUAUGCGUGCUGCCUCUGCUUCUGCUGAUUUCACUGCGAAAAUAUGGAAUGCAUUGACUGGAGAUGAAUUGCACUCUUUUGAACACAAGCACAUUGUUCGUGCAUGUGCUUUCUCAGAGGACACUCACCGUUUGCUCACUGGUGGAAUGGAGAAGAUUCUUCGGAUUUUCGAUAUGAAUAGGCCAGACGCACCUCCAAAAGAAAUAGGAAACUCUCCUGGUUCAAUUAGAACCGUCGAGUGGCUUCACAGUGAUAAUACUAUCCUAAGCUCUUGCACAGAUACUGGUGACAUUAGGUUAUGGGACCUAAGAAGUGACAAGAUCGUUCAAACAUUAGAAACGAAGUUUCCUGUCACUAGUGCUGAAGUAAGUCAGGAUGGACGGUACAUAACUACUGCUGAUGGAUCUAGUGUUAAGUUCUGGGACGCCAAUAAUUUUGGGAUGCUGAAGAGCUAUGAGAUGCCUUGCAACGUUGAAUCAGCAUCCUUGGAACCGAAACACGGGAACACUUUCAUUGCUGGAGGAGAAGACAUGUGGGUCCACAGGUUUGAUUUCCAGACUGGAGAGGAGAUUGGGUGUAACAAAGGUCACCACGGACCAGUGCACUGCGUGAGGUAUUCUCCAGGAGGGGAGUCAUACACGUCAGGCUCAGAAGACGGGACGGUCAGAAUAUGGGAGGUGGUGGGUUCAGUGAACCAAGAGGAGAAGGAGAGCGAUCAGAGUGGUAACGUGAAGCUUGUAGCUGAGGAGGUUGUGCGUAAAGCUGAAAGUCUGCGUAUAAGUGAGAAAGCUGCAGAAGCCAAAUGAAACAUUGUUACCCUAUUAGUCCACCCAUGAUAUAACAUAGUUGGAGAAGAGAAUGAUCCCUUCAGUUUUUUUUUUUUUGCUUGGCUUAAACUUCGCAAGAAGUUUGGCCUGUUAUCUUUUUUUCAAUGAAUAAAUAUGUACACUUUUCUCCAGUGUAUUUAGUUACAGGAGGGUUGAGAACACAGCCCAAACAUAUACAAGUAUAAGACAUUGUAAAGUACAACCAAAUCUAAAUGUUACUAACAAUUUUCAGGUUGGAG